CUAGCCAAUAACAUGGAAGCCAUUUGGGCUGUUACAUUGCUCUGGGCAAGUUCUAUACACGAUUAUCAACAAAAAAAAGUGUCUGGAGGGCUUAUUUUAUGGGUCCUCAUGCUGAAAAAGUCUCUGGGUUAAAUUUUCGCCAGAAUUACACUUUAAGUCAUAUAAUCUAGUUUGGCCAUGCGGUUCAGCCAAGUCUUUCUAUUUACGGUGCAGCCGUAGUUUAUGGUCUUAUUUCACCACGCUGCUGGUCUUGGCGGAUAUUAUCAAUCACAAGUUCAUGGUUGUCAUGUUUUCUAUUUCGUUAAGUGGCAGUGAGAUAUUACUUAGACUUUUUUCAGGUUUGCGUUUGUCUCCAGAUGUAUUCGUAUUUCUGGGAUGAAAAUGCCUGCUGAGUUAACAGCCAUCAAAUCAAUUUUCACAUUCAAUAUGACACAUUGCCAGUUGUAUUGUUGUGUGUGUGUGUGUGUGUGUGUGUGUGUGUGUGUGUGUGUGUGUGUGUGUGUGUGUGUGUGUGUGUGUGUGUGUGUGUGUGUGUGUGUGUGUGUGUGUGUGUGUAUCCGUGUUCAAUGUCAGUGUCUGUGGAUGCAAAUGGAUACCAUUGUUCUGUGUGUUUUUACUUGUUAUUAUGUGCACUGAUUUCCAAUAGAAGGCAUAUUUUUAUGUGUUAUUUUUCUCAGUAGAGACAGAGUGGAGUAAUAUUUCCAGGCAUCGUUGAUAAAAUUACACAGAAAAGGAUAACUCACCGUUCAGAGUUUCUUUGCUUUUAGAAUUUUUUUCUAUUUGCUUAUAGAUCCUGUUCCGGAUGUGAACAGGAUGUGUGUGUGUGUGUGUGUGUGUGUGUGUGUGUGUGUGUGUGUGUGUGUGUGUGUGUGUGUGUGUGUGUGUGUGUGUGUGUGUGUGUGUGUGUGUGUGUGUGUGUGUGUGUGUGUGUGUGUGUGUGUGUGUGUGUGUGUGUGUGUGUGUGAGUGAGACAGAAAUACAAUCUGUCUCUACAAUCAGUGUUCUUGGGUGCAUGUGUCUGUGUGUAUUAAUGUAUAAGUGUGUGCAUGCGUGUGACGAGGUCCUACAGGGGAUGGGUAAGAUAUCAAAAUGUCGCCAUUACGCCAUACCAUUCUUUUCAUGAAUAGCUCAAACCAGCUAGACCAAAAACAAUUGAGAUGGAUCAAGCACCUCUUCUGGUUUUGAUUCCAUGGAUCUCUCUCACUUGGUGAAGUUAGGCAGUAGGCCAUCUAGCUGUGUGUAACCUAGGUGUAACCAACCACAGUCUGGCAGGGAUCGGGAAACGACGUGUUCAAACAGUGUCCUGUCUCCUAACGUUACAUCCCGGCGUGCCUAGUCCCCUGCAGGGAUUUUCAAGCCGAGAAUGAAGUGUUUACACCCAUGUUUGACCUGCAUGAUUGAAUUCUAACUCCACACGGGCGUAUUGCUGUUCACCGGUCUAGACCGCGGUGCAACCUAUUAUGGUUAACGUAGGAUUUUAGGUUUUGUUACAUUCCAAGAUAUUGUAGGUAUGUAUCUGAUUUCUGACAUCCUGGAAGUGGAACAGUGUGUUCACAGAAGGUAAAUACUCCAAAGAAGAGCUGUGUCUAUUAUAUCUGUUAUGUUGUGCAAUAUUGCUGCUCAUCAUGCGUUAUUUAUAGGCUGGGGACACUUUCCGUACUUACUGUUGGAGAGCCCAGUGCCUGUGUGAGAGUAUGUCUGUGUGAGUCAUGUGUGUUGGAGAUGGGUUAACACUUAUAUCUGGUAACCUUACUACUCAGUGGAAGAGAGCUGCACCAGGGGAAUCAGCCAAAUGGAAGAGCACUCGCCUAGCAUGGGAUCAAUGGCAGCAUUUUCCAUAUUGAGAAUGUGAAAGGAACCACCAUGCCCACCACCACACACCUAUCCACGGAGUCCUCCUUCCUGGGUCUCCUUCCCUUCUCCAGCUUCUACCUGGGUCUGGAGCUGGAGCCCACAGUGGCCUCAGCGUUGGAGGGGCUGACGUUGGUCGACAGCAACGUCAGCCGGCCGAGCAGCCCGCGGUGCACCUACAAGGAGGACUUCAAGCGCAUCCUUCUUCCUGCCGUCUACAGCCUCGUCUUCCUCAUCGGCCUGCCUCUGAACUCGGCCGUCGUUCUGAAGAUAUGGAGGCUGCGCCCCAACCUGUCACGCAACAACAUCUACAUGCUCAACCUGGCCAUGGCAGACUUCCUGUACGUGAUGUCACUUCCUCUGCUGAUAUACAACUAUGCCAGCCAUGACUAUUGGCCCUUUGGUGAGCUUGCCUGCAAAAUGGUGCGCUUCCAGUUCUACAGCAACAUGCACGGGAGCAUCUUCUUCCUCACCUGCAUCAGCCUGCAGAGGUACGUGGGCAUCUGCCACCCCCUGGCCAGCUGGCACAAGGAGGGCGGCCGGCGGCUGGCCUGGAUCGUCUGCUUCGGGGUGUGGCUGGUGGUGGCCCUCCUCUGCGCCCCCACCUUCCACUUCGCCGCCACGGGCACCCAGAGGAACCGCACCGUGUGCUACGACAUGAGCCGGCCCGACCGCUCCCUCGACUACUACCCCUACGGCAUGGCGCUCACCUGCCUGGGCUUCGCGCUGCCCUUCCUGGCCGUGACGGCGUGCUACUGCCGCAUGGCCCGGCUCCUCUGCCGGCCCGCCGCCUACCAGGGCGUGUCGGGGGCGGCGGCGGCGAGCGAGAAGCGGGACAAGGCGGUGCGCAUGAUCGUGGUGGUGGUGGUGGUGUUCGCCGUCAGCUUCCUGCCCUUCCACCUCACCAAGACACUGUACCUGCUGGUGCGCACGCUGCCCGGCGCGCCCUGCGCCACGCGCAACCUCUUCUCCGUGGUGUACAAGUGCACGCGGCCCUUCGCCAGCAUGAACAGCGUGCUGGACCCCAUCCUCUUCUACUUCACCCAGCCGCGCUACCGCCAGAGCACCCGCCGGCUGCUGCGCAGGGUCACCAUGCUCAAGGACAAGGGCACCAGCGUGUGACUGUGUCCAGUGCGGUCCGAUCCCAGAACCAGGGACAGUUUAGCACCGCUCCUUCAACCACGCCGUGACCCAGGUGGUAUGGAGUUCUGCGUAUGGCUGGUAUUCUGCCAGGGCUAGGGGGAAAUAUAUGGAAGAUCUGAACACCAUGAUGAUAUAAGAAGGGAGAUUUAAAUGAUCAAUAUAUGUAUAACGUUAGAUGCAGGCAUGGACUGCCACUUCCGUGUUCUGACCACCAGAGGGCGUAUUUGUUCCUUGGCGCUGUAGUACAACUACAUACCUGACCCGCUAUUUCUAAAUUGGAAGCCUCUGGUGGUCAUGGUUGAGUUGAAUUGAUACCAACCUGACUUGUUUUUGUCUGAUGCAGUCGGAUGCAUCCCUUGAUUUUAAUGUGAACAAAAAACGUGUGUGAAUAUGUGACUGAAAUCUAGACUGCUUAGAAGGGAAGGAGAUGGGGGUUUGAGUUUAGGCUGACCCCUGUGGUUUUCCUCUUCCUGUGUGUGUGUGUGUGUGUGUGUGUGUGUGUGUGUGUGUGUGUGUGUGUGUGUGUGUGUGUGUGUGUGUGUGUGUGUGUGUGUGUGUGUGUGUGUGUGUGUGUGUGUGUGUGUGUGUGUGAGAGAGACCUUCCCAUGAAACAGAAGUUUCCUUCCUCCUGUUUGUGUACAUGUUGUUCAUACUGACAGAAUGGAAAGACGCACUGCGCUUUUGAAAGAGAUUUUUAGGUUAUAAACCAUGAGGUUUCGCUAUGAAUACGUUUUCCAACCUUGCAUAUGAGAUAUAUUCUGGUUCUCUCACAAUCAAUGACAAUGCUGCAGUCAAAUGCCAUGCUUGUAGAAAAAUGCUCCCGAGCCUAAGAGAAUAAAAAAGUUGUCCUGUUUUAUAUUAUCUUGCAUGAGAUGCAAAGUUAAUGAAUAUGAAAGUAGGGAUUAUGUUUUAUGGCUUCAGCCAAUGACUAGGCUCACAUGCAAAGGUUCUCCAAACCCCAAUAUCCAAAGUCUAUCAAAAAUGUUAUGCAUCUAAAAAAUUAAACACUGCAUGUAACUUUGGAUACAAGUGUCAGUUAAAUAAUAAAUAUCUCUUGGAUCAGGAACUGAACUAACCUUAAGACAAGUUAUCACUAAAACAGGAUGGUUCACCCAUAGAUCCAAAAAAACAUGCCAAAAGAUGUAUCUACUACUUAUAAAUAUAUAUAUUUAUAGAUAUAACCGCAUGUUUACUAAACCAAAAUAAUAUACCUUAUACAGUCGGGCAGCUUCCAAUAUAAGGCAUGAGAAUCAGAAUAUUUAAUAUAUAUAUUUAUUUCAUAAAUACUGUGAAUGUGUGGGAUUCCUCGAACGCAUUACAGUGAUUAAGAAUGCUGUCAGAUUGAAAGACUGUGUGUGUGUGUGUGUGUGUGUGUGUGUGUGUGUGUGUGUGUGUGUGGGGGUGCUUGCGUGUGCACCAUUCCAGCCACAUUUAGAGUUUCUAUAUAAGAGUAUUAUUCUUUUCAGAUAUUAUAUUUUUGUAACGAUUCAGAAUAAAAUAUAAUGACAACAUAUUUUUUAGGUUCUAGUUUGAUUUGUACAUUACUAAUGAGUAGCUGUAAUAUCCAAAAUGUAUGUUUUUUUAUGUAGAUUUAAAUAGACACCAGAAUUCAUGUUCUCUGUGUCCCUUACUUUCAUUAAAGAAAAUGCAUACUAAAUGUA